AUGAACGGCGCGGCCCCGCCGCUGCCCGCCGCUCUGGGCCUCAGCGGCCGCGCCGCCGCCUCGCUGGCCGCCGUCUCGGGGGCCGCGGCCGCGGGCCUGGGCUCGGCGCAGCCCGCCGAACUGAGCUCGCACAAGCGGCCAGCGUCCGUGUCGAGCAGUGCGGCCGUGGAGCACGAGCAGCGCGAGGCGGCGGCCAAGGAGAAGCAGCCGCCGCCGCCCUCGCACCGCGGCGCGACCGACAGCCUGGCCACCGCGGCCGGGGCCACCGAGCUGGGCGCCGAGGGCGCGAGCAAAGGCCGCGGGCCGGGAGAGCAGGACUGGGUCAACAGGCCCAAGACCGUGCGAGACACGCUGCUGGCGCUGCACCAGCACGGCCACUCGGGGCCCUUCGAGAGCAAGUUUAAGAAGGAGCCGGCCCUGACUGCAGGCAGGUUGUUGGGUUUCGAGGCCAACGGGGCCAACGGGUCUAAAGCAGUUGCAAGAACAGCAAGGAAAAGAAAGCCUUCUCCAGAACCAGAAGGUGAAGUCGGGCCCCCUAAGAUCAAUGGAGAGGCACAGCCAUGGCUGUCCACACCCACAGAAGGGCUCAAGAUCCCCAUUACUCCUACAUCCUCUUUUGUGUCUCCACCACCACCCACUGCCUCACCUCAUUCCAACCGGACCACACCGCCUGAAGCGGCUCAGAACGGCCAGUCGCCCAUGGCCGCCCUGAUCUUAGUAGCAGACAAUGCAGGGGGCAGUCAUGCCUCGAAAGAUGCCAACCAGGUUCACUCCACUACCAGGAGGAAUAGCAGCAGUCCACCCUCUCCGUCCUCUAUGAACCAAAGAAGGCUAGGCCCCAGAGAGGUGGGGGGCCAGGCGGCAGGCAGCACAGGAGGACUGGAGCCAGUGCACCCUGCCAGCCUCCCAGACUCUUCUCUGGCAGCCAGCGCCCCUCUGUGCUGCACCCUCUGCCACGAGCGGCUGGAGGACACCCACUUUGUGCAGUGCCCGUCUGUCCCUUCGCACAAGUUCUGCUUCCCUUGCUCCAGACAAAGCAUCAAACAGCAGGGAGCUAGUGGAGAGGUCUAUUGUCCCAGUGGGGAAAAAUGCCCUCUUGUGGGCUCCAAUGUCCCCUGGGCCUUUAUGCAAGGGGAAAUUGCAACCAUCCUUGCUGGAGAUGUGAAAGUGAAAAAAGAGAGAGACUCGUGACUUUCCGGUUUCAGAAAAACCCAAUGAUUACCCUUAACUAAAACUGCUUGAAUUGUGUAUAUAUCUCCAUAUAUAUAUAUAUAUAUAUAUAUAUAUAUAUAUAUAUACACACACACACACACACUCACACACACACAUAUAUAUAUAUAUAUAUAUAUCCAAGACAAGGGAAAUGUAGACUUCAUAAACAUGGCUGUAUAAUUUUGAUUUUUUUGAAUACAUUGUGUUUCUAUAUUUUUUUUGACGACAAAAGGUAUGUACUUAUAAAGGCAUUUUCUUCUUUUGUUAAUGUUAUUAGCAUAUCUUUGUGCUUUAUUAUCCUGGUGACAGUUACCGUUCAAUGUAGGCUGUGACUUGAGCUGCUUUUUUAGAGCACUUGGCAAAUCCGAAAUGCUUCUAGCUGUAUUUGUAUGCACUUAUUUUAAAAAGAAAAAAAAAAGCCAAAUACAUUUUCUGACAUUGUAAGAUUGCCUUACUGUCUGUUAUUCCUUAUUGCUGGCCCCUCUCUCAGGCUGGAGGCCAGUUGGUGGAGAAGGAAAGGGAAUGAGCGAAGGGGGCACUGUUGUGAAGUGGGCGGCAUGCCACUGAGAAAUGUCACCGAGUUUACCCCAAAACAUUGUCCUCUCAGAGUAGUAGGAACAUAGAUUUUGAAUCUUUCUCUGUUUUGUUCUUAAACUUCAGUUGUUGGGAUAUUGAUGACUGCCUGAGAGUUGCUGCUGAGAGAUUUUCAGGACUGUGUGGUUUUGCGGGGGGAGGGGGAGUUUUUUGUUUUGUUUUUUUUUUUUAAGGCAAAGUUGACCACUGUUCACUGGCCACGUGAUCAGUUGUAAGAUUACAAUGCUGCAUGCUAGUUGGUUACAUAAUACACAAUUCAGUGACUGAAGGCGGUGGUAAUGGAGGGUGGUGUGUACAAGAUGGCACUGCCAUCUUUGAACGGAGCCUGGCUCUGCAGCGCCACUUCAUCUUUUUAAACACCCUAGAGCUCUGUUUGUUGUUGGUGGUGUUGUUUCCUUUAAAAAGAGUCGCAAGAGAAGUUACAGUUCAGGUGAACUUGGAGAUUGUGGGAUUGGUUUCGUUUCUGUUUUGUGUUGUUUUUUAUCAUUUACCUGUAGUGCUAUUGCUGUUGGUACUAUCACCUACACCCCGUUUCUAGUGAGUGCUAAAUACAGUAUGGUACAAUGACAGUAACAGCGCGUGGUGCUGCCAGGACUGCCCGUGGGCAUAUCAGUGACAGCCCAGAUGGGGGUGGAGGAAACCUGUAAUUUCCUUCUUACAUGUGUUUGAAAUACCAAGUGAAUAAUACUGUUCUUCUGGAAAAAAAAAAAAAAAAGAUGAACUAGUGAAAAUUAAAGAAAGGGUUUUAAUAAUAGGCAGGCCCCACCUCUCAAACUAUUCUUAGAAACCUUUUGUAAACUAAUUUCUUUUGAUUACUAUUUUGCAUCAGUAAAAUGAUUUUUUUUUAAACCAAUAAAUCAUCUGUUAUUAGAAA